AGAACUUUGUGCUCUUUGUAUCCAAUCACCCACAUUGCUAGCACAGACCUUUAUACCCAAAUUAGCAAAUCCUUGAAUACAAUAGCGCCUUAAGCAAUAUCCUUCUUACCUUCGUGACUAUGCCUCAAGACUCAGGACUCUUACGUACUUCGCUGCAAAUGUUUGUUUAUUUUGUGGGCAGGGACAUUAAGGAACAGGCCGUCUUAGGAAAGAUUUCAUGAUUAAUUGUUGCAAAUCCGCCUUCUUUGGUAUUAGAAUUUACUGUGAGGAACCAGUUAGUACAGUACAAGAAGAACUUUAAGGCAUUUUUUGCCUUGCAGCUGGCAUUUCAGUUUGUAACAGUUACUGCAGCUGAGUAUUUCCUUUGCCUGUGCACAUGCAAGAGUGUUUCACUUUCAGUAUCUAUCAGUGACAGUUCUUGGACACCUACUCGUGUUCUAUUUAUUCUUCCUGUAGACGCCUGGGGUCAGUUUCAUCUGGAUAUGCAGUGGAUUUAACGUCUAAUGAACAGCAGAGCAGUUUACAAGAUGACUUCAACGUCAGACGAGACCAGAGGUGGAAGACCUCAAAAAACUGCCAGCAAAGACCACAAAAAGCCCACAGCAGAAGCUUUGAGGGGAGCCAUCCAGCUCGGCAUUGGCUACACUGUCGGCAAUCUGACCUCCAAACCAGACAGAGAUGUUCUCAUGCAAGACUUCUACGUUGUUGAGAGUGUCUUUCUCCCCAGUGAAGGCAGUAAUAUGACUCCAGCUCACCGCUACCCUGACUUUCGCUUUAAAACGUAUGCCCCUCUGGCCUUCCGUUACUUUAGAGAGCUCUUUGGGAUUAAACCAGAUGACUACCUGUACUCUAUUUGCAAGGAACCACUGAUUGAGCUGUCCAACCCUGGAGCGAGUAGUUCAUGGUUUUAUUUAACCAGUGAUGAUGAGUUCAUCAUAAAGACUGUACAGCCCAAAGAAGCUGAAUUUCUACAGAAGUUACUGCCAGGUUACUACAUGAAUCUGAAUCAGAACCCAAGGACGCUCCUACCGAAAUUUUACGGACUCUAUUGUGUCCAGUGUGGCAAUGUUAACAUCCGACUGGUGGUGAUGAACAAUGUUCUGCCCCGAUCUUUGAAAAUGCACUACAAAUAUGACUUAAAAGGCUCCACAUACAAACGCAGAGCCUCACGGAAGGAGCGCACCAAAGCAUCCCCGACAUUUAAAGAUCUGGACUUCCAGGAGAUGCAUGAAGGGCUUUACUUUGAUGCUGACACGUACAACGCCCUGAUGAAGACUCUCCAGAGAGAUUGUCGGGUGCUGGAGAGCUUUAAGAUAAUGGAUUACAGUUUGCUGCUGGGCAUCCAUGUUCUGGAUAAGAAGAUGAGGGGGAGAGGAGGCAGAGGGGACAGUAAGCGUCAGGGUGGACAGAAGGUCCUGUACUCCACAGCCCUGGAAUCAAUUCAAGGAGACGGCAAAGCUGCCGAGCCCCUCCCUGAUGCCGAUGAUGACACAAUGGGUGGCAUCCCUGCUAAACACAAAGAUGAGAAGUUGCUUAUCUUUUUGGGCAUCAUUGAUAUUCUGCAGUCCUACAGAUUUAUAAAGAAAGUUGAGCAUUCAUGGAAGGCUCUUGUGCAUGACGGCGACACAGUAUCCGUCCAUAGACCAAAUUUCUACUCUGACAGAUUCCUGAAGUUCAUGGGCAGCACAGUAUUUAAAAAGAUUCACCCUCUCCGUGGUGCCUCCUCUAGAAGAAAGAAAAACUCCAUCUAUUCAUGUAGAUCGGCUUCACAGGAAUUUUUACCCAGUCUAAAAGAAGAGAGUAAACAAGAGAGGAAGGCGCAAAGCCUCGAGAACCUUGAUGACAGUGAUACAAGCACUGCACAGAAACCUGAUGUUAUUCCAAGCUCGGCAAGCGUGAAUCCAGCCAUUUCAGUAAACGCCAUUUAUUCUGUUUCCUCUGUAGAUGAUGUUAAAGUUGAACUGGAAAAAGAUUCAGACAGCAGAGAUGAUCGUAGGACGUCCAGCUCGACUCUUGCAUUGGAAGACAGUACUUUACCGAUCUUAAACUCACAGGCGAGCACACCUGAGUCAGAUCUUGAUGUCUAUUUGUGAUACGUGAACGGACCAGAUCACCAAAACAUCAACAAAACUGAGAGGCAGUGGACAUAUUUCACAUAUGUUGUUAUAUUAUUAUCAAAGUCAAUUCACUUGGUAAUGGCAAAGCUUGUCAAAUGCUGCCUCAUCAUUCACUUGCACAGUGGAUUUCUCUAGCUGCUAAUAGACAUUGUACUGAGAGAGACCUAGCGGAGUGAUUGCCACACUAUAGUACUGCAGUGCCUUGCACUGUCUGUGCACCUUGUACCCACUUGCAAGCACAAGUUUGUCUUAAAAUAUUAGUUACAAUCCCAUAGACCCAUGUACUGUGUGAUCACAUGAGUGCAUCGGUUGGUAUGCAUUGUAAAAGGUGUGAUAACUGAUUAAGGCAUGUGCCCAGCACAGAAUAUCGAAUUGAUUAUGUAAUAAUCAUCUUGUGAGCACUCAGUGACAUUGGCAAGAAUGAAUACAAAUUAAGUGAUCAUGUUUUGGUCAUGUGAUUUUGGCGCACAAUCAACACAAUGGAAUGAUGUAAUGGGGAGCAUCAUAAUGGUCAAUGUUACUUUGUGUAAAGAUUUAUAGGGGUUUGAUAGUGUAAGACCUAAAAUCUGUAAAAACUUUUAUAAAAACAUUAUAUAUUUAAUUAAAUACACAAUAAAUAAUUUAGAUGUACUAUGGACAAUGUUCUGUAGUUGCUAUUGUGCUAUUAAAGGCUGCAUCUUUACAAUA